AUGGUAUCUGCUCGUCGCGAACUGCGCUGUCUGUUGGAGCUGGUGGUGCCCAGCGCGCUAUCCACCUACUGCUUCUUUGCCAUCUCUAUCACAGAGCUUAGCGUCGUGGGUCAUCUGGGCGUGGAUGAAUUGGCGGCCGUGGCGUACGCACAGAUGUGCCUGGAUCUGUCGAUUCUUGUGAGUAUGCAAGGCUUCAAUGCCGGCAUGAACGUGUUGUGCUCGCAGGCCUUUGGAGCCAAAAACUACCACCUGCUGGGUGAAUACGCGUUGCUGACGAGUCUUCUACUUACGGUGGCCUGUGUCCCGCUCGCAGUGCUCUGGUGGAACCUGGGUGAUAUCCUACUGGCUGCAGGCGUCACCGACCGUGUAGCCGCGCUCGCCGGCGUCUACUGCCGUUUAUCCCUGUUGUGGCUGUGGCCGCGCAGUAUGUUUCAAGUGCUCUCGUGCUUCUACCAGGCACAGCACAUCGUACAGCCCACAGCGGUCUUCAAUGUGCUAGCAGUGGCGCUCAACAGCUUCCUAGUGGUCGGAUUCACGCACGGGCGCUUUGGACUGCCAGAGCUCGGGUUUGUCGGGUGUCCGAUUGGGACAGCGAUGGCGCUGUUCUUGAGACUCGUUGGCUACAUUGUGUACAUGAACUUCUACCGCAAGUUCCACCGCCGCUGUGCCUGGCGCUGCGACGGCAGCUUCCUGGAUGCAGACAUUCUGCGCAACCUUUUGUCCGUGGGGCUUCCACUCGCCGGCGGCACACUGUUCGAAAACGCGCAGUUAAUUACCAUGACGCUUUUCGCUGCGACGAUCGGCGAGGUCCAGCUAGGAACACACAACGCGAUGAUGGAGCUCUUCUUCUUUGCGACCUCACCACUUUACGCGGUGAUAAGUGCUGCCGUCACGCGCGUGGGGAUGCAUCUGGGAGCGGGCAAACCAUCGGAGGCACUUCUCGCCGCCCAGGUAUGUGGAAUAUGCAUCGCGCUUAUCUCGACAAUCAACGGCGUGGUCGUGGUGAGCGCACGGCGGCAGCUUGGGUGGCUGUUUUCGGACAACCCGCAGGUCAUCGAUACCUUCAGCCAGAUAUGCGCGUUAGCCGCGUUGGCAUACUUUGUACUGGCCUUCUUCUACUACUCCUUCGCGGUGCUGAAGGCGCAGGCGCGAGCCAUGCCCAUUAUGGUGGGUUUUGCCGUCGGGGCAUGGCUAGUCGGCGUACCUGUGGCGUACAUAUUGGGCGUGCACCAGACGCACCCGAACCUGCUCGGCGUCUGGCACGGCAUGAUCUGUGGCUACGCCGUAACGUCAUUCAUUGGGUUUGCGGUAGCCUUUGGGCGGCCCAACUGGCGGACCGAGGCCGAUAGGGCCGUCGCACGCUCGCAUUUCAAGGAGAAAGAGCUCGCAGCGCCGCACGAGUCCGACGUGCUGCUCGCCUUGGAGCGAUAG